CCUCGUGACAAGUGACUCGCAAUGGCGGAAAGGUUGCAUCAGGGCGACUAUUCGAUCAACGACCCGUCUAUGUCGGUGUCUUUGUCUCCUGCGCCAGGCCUCAACUUGUCGCCCUACGCUAUCAACGUCGAUCCGUCGUUGUGGAGUCAAGAGGACGAGUUCGUGUUCGCCACCGACUCGCAGAAGACUCGCUCGUGGGGAGAAAAGAUGUUUUACCGAACUGGAGUGUCGUAUCUCGCUGGUAUGUCUACAGGCGGUGCCGUGGGACUUUACGAGGGCCUCAUGUAUCCAAAUGGAAGAACUCUAAAGUUGCGUUGGAACAGUGUGUUGAACUCGUGUACCAGAAGGGGACCCCUUUUGGCUAACAACUUGGGAGUGUUGGCUGUGCUAUAUAGUUGUAUUGAUACCGUGGCUAUCAAGUUGCGUGGUGGACAGGACGAUAUUUUCAAUUCUGUUGGCAGUGCUGUAUUGACUGGUGCUCUGUACAGGUCGACUUCUGGCUUGAGGAAAAUUGCAAUAGCUGGGGCAGCGGGUGGUUGUAUUGCGGCUUCGUAUUUCUUUGGAAUGUACUUCUUGGGGAGUCGCCACUCCUUGUUUCCAACUAGACAGUAUACCUAGCUCUAAUAGAGAAUUCUAUACAUAUGUGCAGUCAUGUUUGCUAUGUUUGGAAUUACGGUACAGUAGGUAUAUGGUAUUCUGUAAUUACAGAAAUCUCAUCAUUAUCAACCAGUCAAUCAAUCAUAAGAAUCAGAUAUGACGGUUUCUGGUGUUUCAAGGCAGAAUCAAAAUACUGUAUUAGUGAUAUUAAUUAAUCUGAGUAUUGCAUACACAAAUUUAA